CCGGCCGUUUUGAACAUCCAACUUCCCUGAUUUCUUCCACCAACACAACCAUAUACUGCGCCUUGGCGGACAGAGGAGCAGCUCAAGCACCUUCGCACAACCACACAGUUUUCGUUUUCUUACAGAGUACCGGUCUGGCAAAAUGGCGACCCGGAAGAAGGUGCUUUUGAAGGUUAUUAUACUCGGAGACAGUGGUGUCGGAAAGACAUCGUUGAUGAACCAAUAUGUGAACAAGAAGUUCAGCAACCAGUACAAAGCUACUAUUGGAGCAGACUUUUUGACAAAGGAGGUCAUGGUGGACGACCGUCUUGUUACCAUGCAGAUUUGGGACACAGCUGGGCAGGAGCGUUUCCAAAGUUUAGGAGUAGCAUUUUACCGCGGGGCUGACUGCUGCGUGCUUGUCUACGAUGUCAACAACGCGAAGAGUUUUGAGACGCUGGAUAGCUGGAGGGAUGAGUUCCUGCUGCAGGCCAGCCCAAGAGACCCCGAUAACUUUCCGUUCGUGGUGCUCGGCAAUAAGAUCGAUAUGGAGGAUUCGAAACGGCAGGUGUCACAAAAGCGCGCAAUGACAUGGUGUGCGCAAAAAGGAGGCAUUCCGUACUUCGAGACGAGUGCCAAGGAGGCCAUCGAUGUCGAAAAGUCUUUCCAAACAAUUGCCCGCAAUGCACUGCAACAGGAAUCCGAUGUCGAAUUAUAUAGCGACUUUCCCGACCCCAUCAAGAUCGAUGGCGACAGCAGCCGACAAAGCGGCGACGCUGGAUGCGCGUGUUAA